AUGUCAGCCAAUAUCAGUACAAGAUCGUUAAGACAACAUGUUCAGCGUUCAUUAGGUGAUGAUUUCAUCGAACCACCCUCCGUCAUGUCUGCAGUAGGGAACGAUGACGAUGAUGACGACGGAACGGAAGAUUUUCAUCCUCGAGGCACAACAUCAAAAACACGGUCGCGUGGUGGUGGAAGACAAUCACGUGGAGGACGCAAAGGUGGCUCGAAUAUUAAUCAAACGGACGAUGAUUUAAUGGAAACAAGUUCAGUUAGUACGAUGACAGGACGGCAUACAAGUUAUGGCGAUCAUCAAUCGGAAGAAAAAGGAUACUUUCAUCAUUUAUUAACUGGGAAAACGAAUAUACAAGUCCUAGUUGAUCAAUGGAUCGAUUCAUAUCAAGCGAAUCGCGAUGAAGCAUUAAUUGAACUGAUGCAAUUUUUCUUGGAUUCCAGUGGUUGUAAAGGAAAGUUAACACAGACAAUGUACUUGAAAAUGGAGCAUGUCGACAUGUUACGCGCAAUGACCGAGCAUUUCGAUGAGGAUACAUCGGAAUAUCCGAUAAUUAUGUCUGGUUUACAAUAUAAAAAAUUUCGUACGUCAUUCAGUGAAUUCGUUGUAUUAUUAAUAAAACAAUCAUCCUACUCAAUUAUAUACGAUCAAUACAUGAUUGAUAACUUGGUUACGUUAUUAACUGCUCUGUCCGAUUCGCCUGUACGUGCUUUUCGUCAUACAGGAACUUUAGCAGUCUUGAAAGUAAUGACAGCACUUGUCGACAUUGCAUUAACGAUUAGCAUUCAAAAAGAUCAGUGUCAAAGACAAUAUGAAGCUGAACGACAAAAAUCCAGCGCACGACGAGCUGCUGAUCGACUCGAUACGUUAACAGCAAAACGAAAAGAGCUCGAAGGAAAUGAAAACGAAAUCAAGAGUUUUAUGAAUUUCAUCUUCAAAGGUGUUUUCAUUCAUCGCUAUCGAGAUGUCGUACCGGAUAUUCGUUGCUUAUGCAUCAGUGAACUGGGUGAAUGGAUGAAAAGCUAUCCGAUGGUUUUUCUUGAUGAUAUUUAUCUUAAGUAUAUCGGUUGGACUCUCUAUGAUAAAGUUGGUGAUUGUCGAUUACGCUGCUUACUUGCAUUAAUACCUUUAUUUCAAACGACAGAUCUUGUUGGCAAACUCGAACUAUUCACCAACCGAUUCAAAGAUCGGAUUGUGCAAAUGACUGUUGAUUGCGAAUAUGAAGUAGCAGUGCAAGCAAUCAAACUUUUAACCGCAAUCUUAAAAUUCAAUGAUCGAAUAUUAGAAGAUAAAGACUGUGAGAAUAUAUAUGAACUUGUGUACCAUUCCCAUCGACAAAUCUCGCAAGCGGCUGGAGAGUUUCUCAAUCAAAAACUAUUCCAUAAAGCAGAACAACCAUCAAAUCCAUCGAAAAAACGCAGUCAAAAUACUGCUUAUAUGCAUUUACUUGUCCAAUUCUUUAUCGAAAGUGAACUUCAUGAACACGCCACGUAUCUAGUUGAUUCGAUGUGGGAUCAACAUCCUAUGAUGAAAGAUUGGGAGUGUAUGACUGAUAUCUUACUCGAGGCACCUGAACAAGACGAAGAUCCUCUUGACGAUCAACAUGAAAACUGUUUGAUUGAAAUCAUGGUUUGUUGUGUACGUGAAGCAGCAACUGGAGAAUAUCCAAUUGGUCGUGGACAACCAAAUCGAAAAUUGACAAUGAAAGAACAGAAACAAAAGGAAGAUGAUAAGAAACUCUUGACCGAUCAUUUUAUCGGUGCUUUACCACCAUUAUUGAAUAAAUAUAUUGCCGAUGCGGAUAAAUUAUUGAAUUUAUUGCAAAUUCCACUUCAUUUCAAUUAUGAAGUAUAUACAACGACACGACGUGAACGUGAUCUCGAUGCUUAUUUGAACGCCCUGAGUGACAUUGUUCAGCGUCACACAACAGCUGAAGUUUUCGAUGCUGUUUCGAAAUGCUUUGAAUGCGUAUGCGACGUUAGUUUCACGCUAUCCAAUCGAGCCAUUGCUCAUCGUGGAAAUAUUAUUGAUAAAAUAAUUGCUAAUUUCAAUGCUGCUAUGGGUAUCUUCGAAGAGAUGGACGAAGCAGAUGAAGAUGAUUUAUAUCCGUUACUACUCAAUUUAAGAAAAUUAGACGCUUUCCAUCAAUGCCACGAUUUAGGUAACGUUGAUUUAUGGGAUAAAAUACACUUGUUAUUCAAGGCAGCAAUCGAUAAUGAAGACAUGUCACCCGAGAUCGUCGAAAAAUGCUUUGGUAUUGCUAAUCGUAGUUUACUUUGGGGAUUACAUCAGUUAGAUCUGCAGUUCGACAAGGAUUUACUGAAAAAAAUUGUCAAACGAAGCCGUAAAUUGUGUACAUUAUGUCAAAAAUUGAUGUUACAUGCCAAUGCUCAAAUAUGUCAAUAUGCGUAUUCAACAUUGUGCGACUUGUUAAUCAGUAUGAGUCCGCAUUUAGUGGAUAAAAAUCCUGAUUAUCAAGUUCUCGUCGUUGAAAUUAAUGAGAAUCUUAUUCAAUCAUUAUUAACAUUUUUAAACACCUAUGUGUUCUUUGCUGAAGAUCCCAAAAAUCAAGAUGAGCAAGCAAAAAUUGAAACACUUCAUAAAAAGCGUAAUCUUCUUGCUGCUUAUUGCAAAUUAAUUGUGCACAAUGUAUUACCAAUUCAAGCAGCAACUAAUAUCCUCAAAUAUUACGUUAAAUAUAGCAAUGAUUUUGGCGAUAUUAUCAAAAAUACUUUUACACGAGCGCGAGAUAUAUCGAAAAUUCAUACAGCUAAAACAAUGGCUUAUAGUCUCAUGGCUGUAUUUAAAGAUUGUAUGGCUUCUCGCGACACCACACAGUCUGGUAGCAGUGAAGACACAGCUAAUGUUGAUCUAUCACCACUAAGAGAACUGGCUCGUCGUUUUAACUUAUCCUUUGGAUUGGAUAUGUCUAAACAAAGAGAGGCACUGGCUGCUCUCCAUCGUGAAUGUAUCCGUUUUGCUUUGACACCAUUGUUUAAUCAUGAUGAUCCAACACAACCGGGACCAAAUAUACUCUUUCUUGAAGUAUUACCUGAAUUUGCUUCAAAACUGCUUAAACCGGAUAAAAAAGCAAUUUUUGAUCACAUUGAUAAACUUGUACAUAGUGCAACGCUUGAAAGUGAUGCAUGGCAACCACUACUGAACUAUCGUCGUAUUCUCAACGAUGAGCCAGGCGCUGGUCAUAGUGUUAAGGCACGAGCAUCGACUGGUACUCGCGGUCGUAAACGUGCAAUGCCACAAGACGAUGAUAAUUCUCGAUUGUGA